AUGCAGCGGAGCAUUACAGGUCUGAAAAGGACAACUGAUGGGUCGUCCUCUUCACAAGACGAGGAGUCUUCUUGCUCGAUGAAAAACGAAGAGGUACCACCGCCGAAACAGAACAUCCUUUGCAAACCAGAGAAGUGCUUACUGAAUGACAGUUAUACUGUUUUGUCUGAUGAACGAAUGAGCGAUUUGAAGAGAUGGACAGGGACGGAGAAUCAUGUCAUAGUGGUCUUAUGGGAAAAGACAAAGGAAAACAUCGACGUGGCUUCCACCGCGAAUUUGGUCAAUAAUCUAAGAGGGAGGGCCAGCAUAGCUCUUGUCACGUGGGACAACUAUAAAACAUGUGUCGGGUGUUAUAUCAAAACCCCAAUCAUCGAUUUUGGAGAGUGGAAACCGGAUAUGGAGAGUUUCAUGUUUCAGUUGGGAGACAACAUGGCUUCAAGUAAAAAGAUCGAAACACACCCACGAGAAAAUUUGAAGGAGGUAGUUGUCGGGGGUGAUGUUCUCUUUGGGUUCAGGGGGCAGAACAUGUUUGGAGCGAAAUACAAAUUGGUCUGUACACAAUCGUCUGUGAUGAUUAACCCUUGCUGCAAAUACACAACGAACUGUUCUGUAAAUGGUUUUGCUGUUAUUGAGUUGUUUUGA